AUGAUUCCUAUAGUGUUAUCAGUGAUAGCGAGGGCUGUAGUCGACGGCCAGAACUGUUUCGGUGGAAUCGAGACCUUCGAGAAGACAACGGUAACUGACUUUGGGUCAGGAAUCAGUGCUGUGGGCACUCUAUUACAACAGGAGAACGCGGCCCUAACCCGGGAUUGUGUCAAUCUAUGCAAACAACAGCCCAAAUGCCAGUCCUUUGGCCUCAAUUACGCAAAGUUUCGGUGCAGUGCUUACGCCGAGAGCUCAAAACGAAACAGAGAUCGUCUCCAACACUCCAUUAGUACCAACUUUUUCGAGAAGAUCUGUUUGAAGGGUAUCUCCAGACAGGCCUACGACGGCGCCUGCGGUCACGAACGGCUCUGGGCUUUCGAGAGAGUGAAGGGCGCUUUCAUCGAGGGUUUUGUCGAGAAAACGCUGGACAACGUCGGCAGCAAAGAGGAGUGCGUCAAGUCGUGUCUCACCGAAAACAGUUUCAUCUGCCGGAGCGCUGACUACGACAACGUCCGCAGAAUCUGUCGACUGUCCAAAGAGGACCGCCGGACACAACCGCAUGCCUUCCGACAACUAGACAACAGUACCAGAGAUUAUUUGGAGAAUCAAUGCGCGGCUUCGGGUCCGACUUCGUGUGUCUAUCGGACAAAACCGGAUUUCGCUGUCCUAUCGAUGGAUUCGUUACAAUUCAGCCAAUCUUCAGACGACUGUCAGAUGCAAUGCGAUCGCGAGACGGCAUUCAAUUGCCGGGCGUUUAGUUUUUUGAGUAAUCGGUGUGUUCUGAGCGGCGACGACGGCGUCUCUCUCGUCGGCACAACACUUCCGGUCCAAAAGGGGGCCGUCUAUGGGGAGCGCACGUGUGUCGCCGAGCUCUGCACUAAUGGUAUCUUCACGUACGAAAAGAUGACCGGACAUGUGCUGCGGUCGGCCAUCACCACAGCCGUCGAGUUGCCCAACAUCGGCACUCUGGGCGCCACCGGUUGGUGCCGUGAGAGUUGCGAUUCAGCGAAUCUCAAUUGCCCGGCCUUUUCCGUCAACUAUCAGAGCACUCGAUGCGAGAAACUGGACCGCAAUAGUCAGGGAAGGACUGGUGAUCUCAUACCCAGAGAGGGUGAGAGCUAUUUCGAGAAGAUAUGCCUUCGAGUGCCGCAGAUUAUGACCCAAUGCCAGGACAAGUUCUGGGCCUUUGAACGCAUACUCGGUCACGAAUUGGCGCCAAUUCUAUACCAAAAGACACUAAACUUCGUGCAAAGCCGUAGAGAUUGCGAAGAAUACUGCCUUCAGGAGCGAGAGUUCGCGUGUCGUUCGGCUCUCUAUAACGACGAGACGACCGAAUGUCGGCUCUCGCAGGAGGACAGGCGCACGAGUCCCGCCAGUUAUUACCGCUCCCGCAGUAUUAAAAUCAAUUAUCUCGAGAACCAAUGCGUCCGAAGUCAUAGCACUUGCGCUUACGAGAAGACUUUGGACGCGUACCCGACUUAUACCGAUUUGGUUGAGACAAACGGCGUGUCCUCUCACGAAGUGUGCGAAUCGUACUGUAAUGACAACAAACGCUUUCUCUGCCGAUCCUUCGCCUACUACUCCAGUAAUGGCCAGUGCUUUAUAUCGGGCGACGACAGGGCCAGCGCCGGAUCGGCUGCCGUCCAGAAACGAUCCGGAAUUAUAUACUUUGAACGCUUGUGUUCAACGCUGCCGAGCACUGGCACCACUUCCGGCCUCACUAGUCAGACAUCAAAGCCGACCCCAUCGCUGCCCACCACCGGCACAGGCACUCCAUCGAGCGAGCCGUCCACUAACGGCACAUCGCCCGGCGGUUCCGUCGGUCCUAUCACUCGAUUCCCGGCCUCAUUGAUACCAACACUUCCGCCAAAAGGUAACGGAUUUUCAGCACAAUUUGAACCAUUUGCACAGCAACCGCAGCCAUUCCAACCGAACCAACCCAACAGUCCCGCCGACCCUCAGAGAGACCCACAAUUGAGAGCACUCGAGACAGACCCCCACUCACAAGGCAUACAACCGACGCAGCCGUCCAAAUGCGGUCCACACGCCCGCUAUCUGUUUGAAAAGGUGACCAGUUUUGAGCCAAUCGGCGGUCACUUAACGCUUUUAUACAGUGAUCUCCAGAACCCGGGAAUAGUGACAGAAUGCGCGCGAAGGUGUGAACACUCGACACAGUGUCGGGCAUUUGUUGUCGACUACUAUCACCAGUCGUGUCAUGGAUUGUUUGAGAACAGUUCCGUCGGUAAUCUGGAUCUGAGGCUAUCGAUGGGCAAAGAUUACUUCGAAGGCUUUUGCGUUCCCAACCAUAUCGAGUGCCAGAAGUUUUGGCCGUUUGAUCGCAUCAUAGAUCAGGCGUCGGUUGGGGCCACACCUCAGGAGGCAAUCCGUUUCAUAUCGCGAGGAGAGUGUCGGAAACGGUGUCUCGAAGAACGCAAAUACAAGUGUCUGUCCGCCAGUUAUGACUCUUCGCUACACGAAUGCAGACUCUAUUCAGAGGACAGGAAUUCAAACGCUUUGACUUUACUCUUCACCAAAGGAACCGAUUAUAUGGAAAAUCAAUGCGCUAUUGAAACAUUUUCGUGUCGAUACCAUCCGAUAGAGCGGGACAUUAGUAUAAUAUCGGUGACCAAAUCAGUUCGGGGCACCUCUACCUUCCACUGCGAACAGGCCUGCGAUCACGAAAAGGAGUUCAACUGUCGAUCGUAUACCUAUCUGGACAGUCCCGAUGGCAGUAACGCUCCGGGAGGUAAUCUGUGUCUACUCAGCUCUGACAACAGGGCGACCAGCCAUCAGGGGUCGAUGCAGUUCAGGCCCCGAGCAUUGUAUGCCGAAAAGGAUUGCGUUAUUCUUAACAGUCUUAAGAGUCGAGUGCCGGCGACGCCUCAAUUGCAGCCGAAUUUGAACCUAAACUCAAAUCAUGGUUUAAAUCAAAACUUAAAUCCAAUGUCAAACCAGCAGAAUAUUGCGCCCCCUUUUAUGUCGCCCACCGUUUCGCAGUCCAUACAGGAUGUGCCGCACACUUCCAUCGCUCAUAUGCCCGCCCACUGCAGUCCUAACGCCUACACGUUUGAAAAGACGUGGGGCUAUGACUUGCGGUACGCCCGCAGAGAGCGAGCGCCUAUACCUCCGCGUCUCGGCGUUAUAAUCAACUGUCAGGACGAGUGCCUCCGCAGAGCCGACAGGUGUAAGGCGUUUGUUAUAGAAUACGGACAAUUGCAGAGCUGUUUCUUUCUGGCCGAGUCCGCCGGUGAGAACCGGAAUCAACUCAAUAAAGUUGCCGACACUACUUAUGUCGAGAAGGUUUGCCUCAGAGAAAAACGAUGCGAAAAAAUAUGGACAUUUGAGCGAAUCAUUGGCCAUAUGUUUGAAGAGUCGGCCGACAAAGAGAUUCCGAGUAUUAUAUUGAGAACCGAUUGUCAGGAUCUAUGUCUGGCGGAGAAGGGCUUUGUGUGCAGAUCAGCCACAUUUGAUUACAGCAAACGUUUGUGCAAAUUAUUUACGGAAAACCGUCGGUCGCGACCGCUUUCCUUCAAACCGACCGAAGAGUUUAUCGAUUACUUUGAGAACCAAUGCGUUACGGAGCCAUCGACGUGUCAAUACAAGGACUUUCAGGACACGUUCUUUCCAUAUAUUGAUCGGAUCACGAAUUCCUUCUCAUUGGCCGACUGUCAGCGUCAGUGCGAUUCCGAGCGACUCUUUCCGUGCCGUUCCGUCAACUUUGAAAGUUUUUCGCGUGACUGCGCCCUCUCGAGCGAAGAUCUGGUCACUCUCGGCAAGACUCAGACCGCUCUCGUCUCCAGAAGGAACUCAUUGUUUAGCGAAAAAGGCAACUGUGAACAGGUGAGCGUUCAGUGCAAUCAACAGGAUAUGGUGCUCACACUCAACUUCGACAGUCCGUUUAAUGGCCGCGUUUACGCUAAGGGCAGUCCUUCCCAGUGCUUUGUGGUCGGUUCCGGACAAACACAGCUACAGUUUGCCAUAUCAUUGGGCACUCGAUGCGGGACUCGACAAGAGGGGGCAAACAAUUUUGCCAACGAAGUGAUAGUACAACAGCACGCGGUUAUUAUGACGGACAGCGACCGAACUAUUCGUGUCCUCUGCUCUUUCGAGACCAGCGACCAAACGGUGACUCUUAUGAGCACUAAUCCUAAUGUCGGGAAACAACCGGGAAUUGAUGUCACAUCCAUGCAAAACGCGAGGACACGUCUGGAACAGCCGAUCACAUCUGUGGUGACCAAUACAGCGCCGCCGCCGUCGGUAAUGAUGCGAAUACUGGACCGGACGGGAGGCGACGCCCAGUUAGUGGGUUUGGGCGACGAACUGGUGCUGCGAAUCGAGUUAAAGGAUCCGAGCUCUGCCUUUGCUGUCUUCGCCAGAAAUCUUUACGCCCGAAGUUCUAACGGCGAGUCCCUAUUCCUCAUCGAUAACAUGGGCUGUCCUACAGAUGCGGCCAUAUUUCCGGCCCUUCAGGUCGACCCGCGAGACAAGCGAUCGCUUUUCUCGACGUUCAAAGCCUUUCGAUUCCCGACUACAGGUGUCGUCAACUUUGAAGUGCAGAUCCGCUUCUGUCAGGAAAAGUGUGAACCAAUCAAAUGUGUGUCCGGUUCCGAGUCUUUUGGUAGAAGACGUAAGAGACAGAUAUCUGAUGAAAACCAAUCCUUUGAUAACGACGACGACAAAGAUGUUGAGGAAUACAUCAACGAAACCGAUACUCUUAGACAAGACGAGUCGUUGCAACCGAUUCUUAUAGCCAAUGAUGAGGCGAUUCUUGCGGUCCGGAAACGAACUAAAGGAUUGAAAGCUAAUAAAACAGACAAUAAAAUCAAUUCAAACCCAAACUAUGCUUUUAAUACCAGAAGAGCUUUAAUGGAAGAGCAAAACAAUACAUCAAAUGCCACGACUGAACAGUUACCUCAACCCCAACCCCAACAACAGCUCCAACCACUGCCACUUGCAUCUAAUCCGAGUCCUCAAAUACAACCACAGCAACAAUUAUCUGAUGCAAAACCUAUUGUCGCAAACUCUCAAAACAUUGAAUCUUCAGCCAAAGUGGCUGCUCCUCCGGUCCCUUCAUUAUCUCAACCGUACGGUUAUAACGGCAUGAAUAGCAAAAACAGUGGAAACCAAAUGCGGGAAAGUUAUAAUUUCAAUAGUCCUCAAUACUCUGUCCAACAGCCACAACAACAACAGCCUAAUGAUCAACACAAACCCCGAACCCAAUUCUCAUACCCUCCCGACUAUCAGAAAAACUAUCAAAACUCAGGCAAUAGUUAUAUGCAAUCAAAUUAUGACAAUAACUACAAUCCACAUAAUUAUCAAUACAAUCAAAAUUAUAAUUUUAAUCCAAGUAAUAAUUUCAAUCCAUCUCAAUAUAAUCCAAAUCAAAAUUACUAUAACUCGAGUCAAAUGGAAAUUCCCCGAAACAACUGGCAGUCAUACCCACCAUCGCAGCCAUACCCAUACCCGCAACCAUACGCCCCAUCGAUGCCAUACCAUUCACACCACGCGUACCCGCCGUACGUACAGCAGCCGGUCGUCGGACAACACGUAUACUCAGAGCCCAAAGCUGUCACUCAUUUGCCGCCGCAAUAUAUGAACCGAAACGACGCCUACUUUCCACAACCGGAGACCACGACCUCUACCACAAGCAAACCGACCCGAAAAACGCGUCCACCACUCCAUUCUUCAUACCUAGAAUGGGGUGACUCCCGGCCAGCGGGACCUCCGCCCCGACCUUCACCGCGACAUAGGAUAGUGGCGUCGACCGAGAAGUCCCGCGACCAGGAGGUGCCCCUCUCUCUCACACUUAUGGUCGGCGAUAACAAGGAUUCAAACGCUAACUCAAACUCUAACGACAACGGGAAACAAAACGCGAACAAAAUUAUCCAAAAACAAGAAGUGUUUCAAACGGAGGAAUGCGAGGAUUGCAACACAGGUUUGGCUAUAUUUUAUACGGCGCUCACCGUUUCGCUCAUACAUAUGGGUCUUGUAUUCGGAGCUUAUAUUUACACAACAAAACUAAAGGCAUUGAGAAAUAAGUCGUCGACAAAGAAACAAGUGUUGGACUCCGAGGAAGACAUUACGCGAAUUGAUCGCAGUAUAAGUGCUAGCAAUCAAUGUCUUAACGAUAAUGUCUUUUACGGUAACCGAGAGCUUGGGUUUAGGACAUCACUGCCUCCUCCCAGCAGUACAUCCUUUGAUUUCAUUCAUCACUAA